AUGGCGCCUACUGUGAAGCAGCGCAAGAUCGCCAUCCUCGGCAGUCGUUCAGUGGGCAAAUCCUCACUCACGGUUCAAUACUGCGAAGGCCACUUUGUCGAGUCGUACUAUCCGACCAUAGAGAACACGUUUAGUCACGAGAUCGUUCACAAGGGCCAGACAUUCGCUACCGAGAUCAUCGACACUGCUGGUCAGGAUGAAUACACUCUACUCAACUCCAAGCACUUUAUUGGCCUGCAUGGCUACCUCCUCGUCUACAGCGUCAGCUCACCUCAGUCCUUCGACAUGAUCACCAUCAUCCGAGACAAGAUCUUGAACCACCUCGGCGCCGAAACCGUCCCAAUCGUGAUUGUUGGCAACAAGAGCGAUGUCCCCGAAGGCAAGCGUAAGAUCACCGCCGAACAAGGUCAGAAGCUCGCAAAGGAACUCCACGCGGGUUGGACUGAAACCAGCGCUCGGAACAAUACCAAUGUUGCGAAAGCAUUCGAGAUGAUGAUUGCGGAGAUCGAGAAGUCGACAGAGCCGGACAAGCCUGCGGGUGGCGGCAAGUGUGCUGUCAUGUAG